GUCGUACUCGUCUUUAUCGUCUAACUUGAAACACUCUCUCUCUCUCUUCUUCUUCUUCUUCUUCUUGCACGUAUUGUUCUAAUCCACAAAAAUAAUGGCCUUAAAUUACAACAUUGCCCUCGCCUUCUCUACGGUUCUCACGCUGCUUCUCCUUCCCUUACCAACCCUUGGGGAGCUCGUGCAGGAGCAGCCACUAGUCCUCAAGUACCACAACGGCCAACUCCUGAAGGGGCGCAUCACCGUCAAUCUCAUCUGGUACGGCACCUUCACCCCGAUCCAACGGUCCAUAAUCGUGGACUUCAUAAACUCACUAAGCAGCGCGCCAAACGCGCCGCUACCAUCGACUGCCACGUGGUGGAAAACCACGGAGAAGUACAAGGGGGGAGGAUCCUCUGCGCUCGUCGUAGGGAAGCAGUUCCUACACUCGGCUUACUCGUUAGGGAAAAAUCUCAAAGGGAAAGACGUCCUCGCACUCGCGUCCAAGUUCAACGAACUGAAAUCCAUAACGGUCGUAUUAACGGCGAAAGACGUCGCCGUUGAGGGCUUUUGCAUGAGCCGCUGCGGGACCCACGGCUCUACCCGCAACGUCAAAAACGCUGCCCGGACAGCUUAUAUUUGGGUUGGAAACUCCGAAACUCAGUGCCCCGGGCAAUGCGCGUGGCCAUUCCACCAACCCAUUUACGGGCCCCAGACGCCGCCGUUAGUCGCGCCCAACGGCGACGUCGGAGUUGACGGAAUGGUUAUUAACUUGGCCACUCUUCUCGCUGGCACCGUUACGAACCCUUUCAACAACGGUUACUUCCAAGGCCCCCCGACGGCGCCGUUGGAGGCCGUUUCCGCCUGCACGGGCGUUUUCGGUAGCGGAUCGUACCCGGGUUAUCCGGGUCGGGUUCUCGUGGAUAAAGCAACCGGGGCUAGCUACAAUGCGCAUGGUGCGAAUGGAAGAAGGUACCUCGUGCCAGCGAUGUGGGACCCGCAGACUUCGACAUGCAAGACCCUCGUCUGAAGACUGGCACGUGGCGAUGUGUUGUGUAAUGGUUGUAGAUAUUGGUCGUUGGGAACGGAAGCACUGAAGCAGGGGAAUGGAUAAUAGAGGUGGUGGUGGAUUCGGUUUCUGAGUGUGUUUCUAAAAAUUCUAUUAAACCUCUGCUUUUGUUGUUUAAUGUGACGUGUAAGACGUGUAAAUUCUCUCUUUGCCAAAGACUACUAUAGAGGAAGAAGUGGAAUGUUAUAUAAAUGUUAUAUAAAUUGUGAAAAACGAGGAAUAAGUUUUUAUUUAUUUAAAAAACGGAUGUCAUGAUUAAUGUGAUAUAUUUUUAUUUUAUACUAUGUGAAGUUAGGUCUAUGAUUAAAAUUAUGAUAGCUUUGAUUUUGUGUAAUUUUUAAGAGAAAGAAAUGAGAAUGGAAUGGUGGGUUUUUGUAUGAAUUA